UUCAAGCUACCUGGAUGGCUGUCAAAAAUUUUAGCGAACCCCAAAGUUCGCGUUUUCUGCUUUCCUACCCAGCAUAACAAAAACGAGCCGGCAUUUUCGAAAAAGUGGCAUUUUUAUCUCUAGUAUCCUCGAAUAUUGGUCAGUAACCUCUCGGCCGGCUACAAUUUGUUGCAGCAAAUAUCCCUCCCGAGCGUGAAAUGGCUUCAAUCGCGAAAAAAGUGAAAAAAUCCGACGACGCGUUGGAGGACGAAUCGGAAGCGUUGGAGGCGAUCGACAGCUGCCAAAACGAAAUCGAUGCCCUGAACGAAAAGGCCAGCGAGGAAAUCCUGAAGGUGGAACAAAAGUACAACGGCCUGCGGAAGCCGUACUUCCAGAAGCGGAACGAAAUCAUCAAGCGCAUUCCGAGCUUCUGGGUGACGGCCAUCGUCAACCACCCGCAGAUCUCCGGCAUCCUCGAGGAAGAGGAAGAAGAAUGCCUGCAGUUUAUGGAGAAACUGGAGGUGGAGGAGUUUGAGGACAUCAAGAGCGGCUAUCGCAUUCAUUUCUACUUCGACGAGAACCCGUACUUCGAGAACAAAGUGCUGACGAAGGAAUUCAACCUCGGAUCGAGUGGCGAAACACCGGUCUCGACCAGUACGGCCAUCAAGUGGAAGCCGGACCGCGAUCUGACCAAGAUGCUGCCAAAGAAGGCCAUGGCCAAUCGGCGGAAGCGCGGCCUCGAGUACCGGACGUUCUUUGACUGGUUCACGGACAAUAACGAUCCGAUCAACGACGACAUCGCCGAACUGAUCAAGGACGAUCUGUGGCCAAAUCCGCUCCAGUACUACCUGGUGCCGGACAUCGAGGUGGAACCGGAAGCGGAGGAAGACGGUGGCGAGGAGGACUUUGGCGACGAUGGCGAAGGCGAAGAGGAAGAGGACGAACUCGAAGAGGAGGAAGAGGAAGCUUAGGUGCGCGCCAACGGUCCAUGUUUUGUGUGCGGAGAUUGGGAUUAAGGAUCAACAGUUUAUACAUUUCCUUCGCAGAGGCCGUGGGUAAGCAUAACAUGGGGUUUAUUUAUUACUAAAUUUGACGAGACACACGUUGUAGUCCACACAGUUUUUCUUCUUCGUUUUAUAAAAACCAAGCUAGUUGUAACAUUUUUCACCAACAGGACCAAUAAGGGCUUUGGUUCCAAUAUCUGCAACGUUGAUCUGAAACUCAUAGAACUCCAGUGUUUUCUUAGUAGUAGACUAUUGUGUUAUACCAGUUCUAACUUUUACUCCCCAUCAAAGGAAAUGACUCAAAAUCAAACAUUUACCCAUCAUUAUAGCCACCUAGAGGUACGAUAGCGGAGAAAUUACUAUUAGUUUCUCCAAUACAGAAAUGAUAAAGUAUUAUUGGCGGUACCACAAUUGAAUUAUUAAUGGCUAAUAAAACAAACACUAACUUGAUAUAGAGGUAUGUCAAAUGGAAA